AUGACUGACUUGCUGUUUCACAACCACAGUUAUCUUCGCGAAUUUGACGCCACUGUAACCGGCGUGGCGGAAACUGGCGUGGCACUGGAUCGCACCGCCUUCUACAUCGGCGGUGGAGGACAACCAAGUGACGUCGGUAUUUUGACCGCGGACGGGCGGGAGUACGGCGUGACCGGUGUCAAACGCGGCGGCGGCCUGCUUGUUCACUUGAUAGAAGGCGAUCGCCCCUCUGAAGGCAACCGGGUGUCCGGCAAGAUUGACUGGGAACGGCGCUACCGGCUGAUGCGCACCCACACCGCGCUCCACAUUCUCUGCGGCGUUGUGUGGCGCGACUUCGGCGCCUUGGUGACCGGCGGCAACAUGCAGCCAGGCGAAGCCCGGAUGGACUUUGAACUCGAGCGAAUGACCGCCGAUUUCGCUGAUGAGAUCGAGGAAAAGAUCAACGCAGAGGUGGCUGCGGCCCGAAGCGUUCUGGCGGCCAACCUCCCCCGAGAGGAGGCGGAACAGAUCCCGGACCUGAUCCGCACCAAGAUCAACCUGCUGCCCGCCAACAUCCGCGAAGUGCGCACCAUAGAUAUCCAGGGCCUUGACGUGCAGGCCGAUGGUGGAACCCACGUCGACAACACCAUCGAGGUGGGGCGCAUCCGUGUGGUCGGCCACGAGAGCAAGGGACGUAUCAACAAGCGUCUGCGCAUCGCCUUGGAAGAAUAG